AUCAAAAUCAAGAUAAAAUAGAAUGCAUCUAUCAGAAAAGAACUCUCAAGCUGUGUAUAGAAUUUAGUGUCAUAUAUUAAUAAUUGACGACACUUGUAUGCUAUAAAAGAUAAUUCAGAUUUAGUCAUGACAAAAAUAAAUUUAAUUCACCAUAAACUCUCACUCUAAUGGCAUAUGUGUAGUUUUAAUGCCAAUUAAAAGACAAUUAAUUCUUCUUCGAUCAAAUCAUUAGUACUUCUGUGCAAAGUCAUAUGAUCAUAAAUGUAGUAAAUAUGUUCAUAAGUGGAUAGUUUCAGUUCUAUUCCUAUCAUAUAUCAUAGGCGUGGAAGAGAGUUUAUAAAAAAAAAACUGGUUGAGAUUCCAAGACAUGAUUUGAUGCAGUUUUCUUGAUGACUGUUCUGACAGUGAAUCUCUGCUCAAGACCAUAUCAACUGGGCAUCCUGCAAUCCAAACCAGAACUGAAUUUUAUUCAUGAAAUUGUUUUACACUGUCUUCUCUGGUCGCUACACAAGCCUGUUCGUUUCAGGGCACAAGAUCUGCUUUUGGUGUUAAGAGUCUCCAGAUCUUCGGCAGUGCACUUCUCUGGGAGGAGGGGCAGAACAAAGGUGAUGUGUCAACCAAUCCUCUCUGCAGUUGCAGGUAGUUUCUCCAUCCCGACUGUAGCCCAAUUCCUGCAAGAGGACUUUGCAUUGCCCUGUUCCGGUCCAUAGGCAAUAUUACAUUUUACAUCUUAAAAUGGUGCUUUGCCGCUGCCACUUCUGACUCUACGACAAAUGAUUGAUUUGACUGAGUGCGUUAUUACUUUUCAACAAUCAAAUGCAGCGUUAGACACCACAGAGCAGAAUGGCACCAUUUCAUAUGGCAACCUUCAGUGCAGCAUCAUGCAGCACGUGUAUCUUUUUAUUUAUCUUCACAUCAGCAAGCGCUUUUCUGGAACUUGAACUAACAGAGAGCUUGGUUGGAUCUACAGACCUGUCCACUGGCAGCUGUAAACUGCAAAACAAGACCAAAGGAAUCAAAGCAACAUGUUCCCAUUUAGGAUUGACAUCAAUACCACCUCAGCUACCAUCGAACACAAUCACAUUGGAUGUCUCAUAUAACCAGAUCAGAGCUCUACAAAAUGACUCCUUUGAAGGUCUCCUGGAGCUGAGCUCACUCAGUCUGAAAGAAAACCAUAUUUCUGAUCUAGAAGUUGGAACAUUUUUGCCUCUAAAGAAGCUGCGCUCACUGGACAUGACCGGCAACUUGCUCACUCAUCUGCAACCCAAUUUAUUCAACUCUAAUCAAAUGUUGUCAAACCUGAUGCUUUUCAGCAAUAAUUUUUCAUCUGUCCCUACCACUUCACUCUCUAGACUACCUCUACUCAGAAACAUCUUUCUUGGAAAUAAUUCCAUCCGUGUGGCGGAUUUUACAGCGUUCUCCCAUUCCAGAACAAUAUCUCAGAUCAAUUUUGCAAAUAAUCAGAUUUCCACAAUCGAAGCUUCAGACUUUAAACCACUGCAAAACCACUCACUGCAAUCAAUUUCCUUAGAAGACAAUGACUUGCAUAGCUUACCAGCAAGAGUUUUCUCACAUCUCAACAACAUAAAUCUACUUGUUCUGGACAGAAAUGCAUUACAUGAUUUUAACUCCAGUUCUUUUCUUGGCAGUAUGAACAUUGAUUCAAUGUCAGUGCGUGGCUGCAGAAUAUAUAACAUUGUUAAACUUGAUAACUCUAGUCACGACAAUGCCAGUUUCCCAGUCAUACGGUCAAUUGACAUGAGUGGAAACAUCAUCCACUAUAUUCCCCCGUAUGCCUUCCGGGGCUUUAAUCAAACUCGCACACUAAAUAUCCAGAGGAACAAAAUAACAACAAUGUAUGAAGAUUCCUUCUGUGGUCUUGAUUCUUUGAUAAACUUGGAUCUAUCGGACAACCGCAUCUAUUCCAUAAUACCUGGCAUGUUUUCUUGUAAUACUAAACUACAAGAAUUGAUCAUUUCACGUAAUGAAAUCGCCCGGUUAAAUAUUGACUCGUUUCGAGGUCUCUAUGCCCUUCACACACUCAACCUAUCCCAUAAUAUUCUGAAACACAUAGAUGAUCGUCAACAGUGGGAUAAUCCAGCGCUUCGAAAUCUAAACCUUUCAAAUAAUCGAUUCCUCACCCUCCAUCCACGUUUCUUUAGCGGUAACUUACCCAACAUAAGCGUUGUGGACGUAUCAUUCAAUAAAAUAAGCGAUUAUUCACCAGAUACUUUCAACAAUAUUCCAUCCGUCAAAGAGCUCUACCUCAUCGCGGAGCAAAAUCAAUAUCUACCCCGAGUCUUCAGUCAAAUGAAAAACCUGAUAACGCUGGAUAUAUCACAUACAAGAACAGAGUGGACAUCAUUGGACCAAUUCACCGAGACUUCAUCUCUGCAAGAUUUAAGAAUGUGCUAUAAUAAUCUACACCAUUAUGACCUUUUUGAGGAAAACAUGACCCAGUCAUCUCUCUUUGAGGGGCUGGUCUCUCUGAAAAAGCUAAACCUGAGAGGAAAUGACCUGAAUGGCUUGGAUCCUGGAGUAUUCACUCCUCUUAUUAAGCUCUAUACAUUGGAUCUGUCUCUAUGUCAUAUUGCUCAUCUCACACCUGGAGUAUUUCAAGGUUUGACAUCCUUAAAAAAUCUGUAUCUCAGUGAGAAUGUUAUCAUAACCACCUCUGCUGGGAUAUUCAAAGGAUUGGACUAUCUGACAACCCUCUUCUUUCGGAACAGCAGACUACAAAUCAUUGACAAAGACCUCUUUGCAAGAACUCCACAUCUGAAACACCUUUAUCUUUCUGGCAAUCAUAUAAGUAAGGUACAAAAGGAAACUUUCUUCCCAACAAAUCACACGUUAAGAAUUGAUAUGUCAAAUAAUUGGUUCUCUUGCAAUUGCAAAUUAAGCUGGUUUAUCAAUUUUCUCAGAGAUAAUGACGUUGUCCUUAUAAGACCUGAUCAAACUAAAUGUUACAACACAUCCUUCAAAGCGAUGAUUGGUAAGCCCAUCACAUCUUUCACACCGGCUGAUUUCUGCCGCGUUGAUGCCUUACUCAUAAGCGGAUUGUCUUUGCUGGCUUUAACAUUGAUCGUAUCUCUGGUAACAGCAUACAACAAACGAUGGUGGCUCAAUCACAAAUUCUUCCUGCUUAAGCUAGCCAUCUUCGGCUACGAGGAAAUGGAGGAAGACUUCAUUGCAAACCGACAUGAAUUUCACCUCAACCUCAUGUACUCGGAAGCUGAAGACGAGUGGGUCCUACAGGUUAUGAAGCCUGCACUGGAGGAGAGGUUGCCACAUCUGCAGCGCGUCAUUUAUGGGGACGGCGACUUACCCUUGGGAAUGUUUUACAUCGAAGCCAUCAACGAUGUCAUUGAUAACAGCUUCAAGACUAUCUUGCUCGUAAGCAACCAGUCUAUAGCUGAUCCCUGGUUUAUGACCAAGCUUCGUUUAGCAUUUGAGCAUGUCAAUGACACGCAGAUAGACAAGGUCAUCCUUAUCUUCAUUGAGGACAUCGAGGAUGAGAACCUGCCAUACCUUGUCAGGUUGUUCUUGAGUAGGAACAAACCGUACAUGCAGUGGACGGAUGAUGAAGACGGGCAGGAGCUGUUCUGGGCUCAGUUUGAUAAGAGCAUGAGAGCCAAUAAGGCCAUCAACAAUAACAUCCCUCUCUAAAUACACAAGGGCAGGACAUGUAUCUGACAAUGUCUGAACCUGUACAAGGAGCCGUGGUGUAGUGGUUCUGAAUCUCGCCCUGCAAACAGAGGGUCAUGUGUUCGAAUCCCACUGCCGUCUGGC